AUGGAUAAGAAGAAGGCAAGCCGGUCGAUGGUGGGCAGGCUGGGUGCCACCCAACAAACCGUGUCGGUCGAGCCGACCAAUCAGGAGAGUUGUGACGUCGACGACAAGAGGGACAUUGAUCCCAAGUUCUUGAUUCCAUCGGCCGAAGUUCAGGAAGGGCCGCCCUUGGGCGAGGGCAAUUUCGCCGUCGCUCACAAAGGUAAGUGCUUAGUAACAGGGGGGGGUGUUUUUUGGGAGGGCAAACUAAUUAUCAGUUUUUUGCCGGACCGGACGGACCGAAACAAAAGUUCGCGGACCGGUCCGGAAAAAAAUUUUUAUUAUAAUAAAACUGUUUUAAAAAUUGCAAAUAAAAUAUAUUUUUUAAGAGUUUUUAAGCAAAAAGAACGCAGUUUUAGCGCUUCUGGCUUUUUUAAAAAUAAAAAAUUUUUUCCGGACCAGACCCAAAAAUUUUGGGGUUGGACCGGCCCGGACCUAAAAAAUUGAAGUUUGGACUGGACCGGACCCGAAAAUCGCCCGACCGGACCGGUGAAAAACGUUCCAGACCGGUCCAGGCAAAGCACUGCUAAUUAUCAAAUGCACUUUUUCUCCCACAUUUUAAAGGUUAUUGUAUUUUUGUAAUUGGUACCAAAUAUUAAAAUUUACUAUCAAAACAAAGAGUUCGAUUUUUUCACCCCGGCACCAAACUUUUUAAAGUUUGGUGCCUAGGGGUGAAAAAAAGGGCCGGUCCACUUUUUUAGGCCCGGCCCAGGCCCGGGGCCCAACGUUUAGGCCCGGCCCGUUUUCAAUUUUCUCUCAGGCCGGCCCGGCCCGGUCAGAAAAUUUUCUAGGCCCGGCCCGGCUCGUUUUAAAAAAUUUUAAAACUUAAAAAAUAAACGGAAAUUUGGCUUUGCAUUGUUCUUUUAGAUCAUUUAUGUAUCAUGGUACCCAAUAAAGUCAAAAAACAUCAACGGGGAUUAAAAUAAAAAAUUUUUAAAAAUUUAAAAAUUUUUUUUUCGGGCCCAGGCCCAAUUUUCAAGCCCGGCCCGUUUCUCACCCCUACAUAUACCUCUGCCGAUUUUUUUGCGAAAAUUUUUUUUCCAAAAAAUCCACCACGUUCAACUUUUUUCGAAUUUUUUUUCUGAGGGGAAGGGGGCCCUAGCCAUAUUGCUGUAUUAAAUACUACUUUUUUUAAAGUUUAGUACCAUUUUUCGUAAUUUUGAUACAUUUUCUUUUUUUUUGGUACUAAUUUUAAGUAUGGCUUAGAAUAUGAUACCGUUUUAAAUCGUGUACCCAACUCUAAAGCUUAAUACAAACUUUUCAAACAGUACUAAAUUUAAAGCUUUGUACUACUUUUUGAAUUUAGUACUAUCAUUCUAGACUUAGUACUAAUUUUUAAAUUUAGUACUAAAAUUUAACGUUUGGUACUACUUUUUACUAUAGCAAACCUUUAGUACCAAAACUUACAAGCUGGUACUAAAAUCACUCUGAUAUUAAAGUACUCUCUUAACUUUAGUACUAAAAAGCUUAUUUUUUGUGUUUCCAGGUACCUACAAAGGCAAAAACGUGGCCUUAAAGAAAGGACUCAGCGAACACGAGACCCUCGACAUGAAACGAGAAGCAUUAAUAAUGUCACUGUUAGGAGUUCAUCCCAAUGUCAUCUUCUUUUAUGGAAUGACCAGUGAUCCUGUAGGUUGAUUUUUUUGCUUUUUAGGCUUAAAAUAAGCCUAAAUUUUAAAAAAUUUUCAAAUAAAAUUUUUUUGAAAUUUUGUUUUUAAGCUUAAAAUAAACCUAAAUAGGUUUAAAAUAGGCCUAACAAGCCUAAAAAAUAAAAAAUAUUCAAAAUUUUUCAAAAUUUUAAAAUUUCGAGUUUUUGAAAUUUCGAAAAUUAAAAAUUUUUUGAUUGUGAAAUUUUGUGUUUUUAGGCUUAAAAUAGGCCUAAAACAAGCUUAAAGUUAAAAAUUUUCAUUUUAAAAAUUUUUGCUCGACAUAGGCUUAAAUUUAAAAAACUGAAAUUUUAAAAACAUUCCCAACUCUUUCAGACCCGCAUUGUGAUGGAGAACUGUACCCACGGCCCACUGGACGACAUUCUCGGCAAAGCGAAGGCGGAAGUGAAACCGGACGAGUUGGUUACCUAUUUGACCGAGAUAUCGUCUGGUAUGAUGUACUUGGUGGAGCACGGUUGUAUUCACAGGGACCUAGCAGCCAGGAAUAUACUGGUCUCGGACGAUGGCUUAAUGAAGAUUAGCGACUUUGGGUUAAGCUCGCAUCGACUCUGCCCCGAACUGGAGACCUUCACCGGGACUAAGGUAGUGCUGUGACUGUUUGCGUAAGGUGGUACCAAUUGGAGACAUAGCUAUUUUUAGUACUAAGCUUGGUUUUUGAUACUAACUUUGGGUUUUGAUAUAAAGUUUAAUUUUUGGUACUAAUUUUGCUUUUUGGGACUAAAUUUGCUUUUUUUGGUACUAACUUUGCUUUUUGGUACUAAAUUUGCUUUUUUGGUACUAAUUUUGGUACUAAAUUUGGGUUUUUGGUACUAAAGUUGGGUUUUGGUACUAAUGUUUGUUUUUGGUACUGAAUUUCGGUUUUAGUGCUAACUUUGGGUUUUAGUACAAAGUUUAUCUUUUGGUACUAAAUUUGGGUUUUAGUACUAUAUUUGGUUUUUUGGUACCGUUUUUGCUUUUUGGCACUAAAUUUGUUUUUUUGUACUAAAUUUGGCUUUUGGUCCUGACUUUAAUGUUUUGGUACUAAAUUUCCUUUUUGGUACUAACUUUGGUUUUUUUGUACUAAUCUUGGUUUUUUGGUACCAACUUUUGUUUUUGAUACUGAAUUUGGUUUUUUGGUACUAAAUUUGGGUUUUGUUACUAAAUUUGGCUUUUAGUACUAAAUUUAGUUUUUUGGUACUAACUUUAGGUUUUGGUACUCAAUAGGUUUUGACGCUAACUUAGUUUUUUAGACUAACUUUGCUUUUUGGUAUUAAAUUUAGUUUUUGGUACUAGCUUACUGUUAGUCCUAUUAAAUUUGUUACUUAAAUUUAUGAUAUAGUACUAAUUUUAAAAUUUAAUACUAAAGCCUAAGAUUUAGUAUCUUAAACUUACCAUUUUCCACUUACCAUUUGCAGUACCAUUUUUAGUACCAUUUUCAAAUUUUAACUCCAAAAUGUGGCUCUAAUUUUAAAAUUUUUAGUUAAAUUUCAAUAUUCCCCUGCGCUGGUGGCCUCCCGAAUGCCUGAGACGAAACCCCAAAUUUCUGCCGGCGAUGGACGUGUGGUCCUUUGGAGUUGUCGUGUACGAAGUGUUCAGCCAAGGCGAGCGGCCAUGGCCAGACGUGGAUCCGAAGAAGGUGGCCACGAAUAUAAGACACAUGAAGAUGUUCAAGUACCCAAAGGACUGCCCCAGGCUCUUGUCAGUCAUUUGUCGCAAGCGAAUAUUGGUACCGUUGGGGCAGAGGUGGGACUUUACGUUGUUGGCCAAGGUCAUGAGCAACUUGUGCGCGGAUAUGAAUCCAAGCAAGAAGUACUUGCGGGACCAGUUUGGGCCCAAAGUGGAGCCUCCGAAGCUGGAGCGAAUCAAACUGUCGCCGGUCGAACAAAAGGAUUUGGACGACUUGUGUCGCAAGAAUGUGAGAACAACCGGUGGGCAAAACGCGCCGUCCGUGCCAGGGGCGGUGGCUCGGAGUUCGACCACGAAUACAUCACCUGCUUCUACUACGCCUACUUCCGAGUCUGUAAGUCAUUUUGAAUAUUUUGAUCUUGGCCACAAAAUAGAAAGUUGGCACUAUUUUUGGUACGUUUGAGACUUGGUACCAAAAUCUAGGGCUUGGUACCAAACUUCAGGUUUCCGGCCAAAAAAGUUGGUACUAACCCGUACCUGCAGUACUAAGUUUUAAAGCCCAGUAUCAGCCUUAAUUUAAACCUUGGCGACUAACAGCCAAAACUGCACCAAAUCCUAAACAAAACUUUAAGAUGUGGUACCAAUUGGCGAAAAAAUAGUGCCAAACCUUUUAGUAAGCUAUACUCUAAGCUGUAGUACCAGAUGGCAAAAAAGUAAUGCCAAUUCUUAAAUGUAGUACCAAACAAAAUUUAGUACCUAUUUCAAAUAUUUAGUACCAUACUCUAACCUGUAGUACCAGAUGGCGACAAAAUAGUGCGAAACCCUUUAAUUUAGUACCAAACAAAACAGUGCCUAGUACAAGUAUUUAGUACCAUACUCUAAAUUUUAGUACCAAAUGGCGAAAAAACUAGUACCGAACUUAAGUACUGUACCUAGUGGAACUGUUUAGUACUAUAAACUAAACUGUAGUACCAGAUAGCGAAAAAACUAGUACCAAACGUAAAUAUAUAGUACCUAGUCCGAAUAUUUAGUACUAUACUCUAAUGUGUAGUACCAGAUGGCAAAAAAUUAAUACCAAUUCUUAAAUGUGGUACUGUAGUAACAAACCUUAUAAUUUAGUACCACCCCCGGCCCCCCCCCUUUGAAUUUCGAAUUUGUUUCAGCCCGGGCCUAGUAGGCCCCUUUCAGAUCUACCUGCUUUAAAUUGAACACUUUCAGGCCUCGUACUCUCGCCAACUGACAAAGAAGCCGCGGACAGCGGGGCUCAAAAAGAAGAACACUUCAGUCAGUGUGGCCCAAACCAUCACCACAACGAAGACUAGCGAGACCACGUCAGAGAAUGUGGACGACAAGAAGAAGCAAAAGGUCACACUCCAGGACAUUAUCCAAUCCGAACGUUUACCGGUCGAUGAAACCAAAGAGAACAAGUCCAAAAUGGGGAUACCUUGA